UUUACCAGCCAUACACACUCUUUCACCACCUCCUGCUUCAAUCAUCAUCCCAUUCCUUCCGUCUCAUUGUUUUUGCGUAUAUAGUCGCGCGCGCGCACACAACAAAUAGAAUUCUGAUAACUAUAUGGUUUGAAAGAAUCGAAAAAGGAAUCUGAGAGAGAGAGUAUUUCAAAAAUUGGAAUUUCCUUUUUGUUGUUUAGAGAUCCGAAUUUUGUGUAAAUCUUUUCAGAUUCCAAAUAAGCUAAGCUCUUUACGAAAUCUCGUCGAGAUUUAACAUAGCUCUCUCUCUCUCUCUCUAGCUAGAGCUUUUUCACGUGUUUGUUGAUGCUUAUCUAAGAGCUUUACUGCAAAUUGCACACUCCUCUUCAGUGAAACAUGGUUGCUUUUGGGAAGAAGUUGAAGGACAGACAGAUCCAAGAAUGGCAAGGAUAUUACAUCAACUACAAAUUAAUGAAGAAAAAGGUUAAGCAGUAUGGUAACCAAAUCAAAGCUGGAGCACUAGAUCGUCGACAUGUUCUUAAGGAUUUCUCACGGAUGCUGGACAAUCAGAUUGAAAGAAUUGUUCUGUUUUUGUUGGAACAACAAGGAGUGCUGGCAAGCAGGAUAUCUGAACUUAAUAAGCAGCAAGAUUCUCUUCAAGAGCAGCCUGAUAUAUCCAAAAUAACCGAGCUGCGAGAAGCUUAUAGAGAUGUGGGACGUGAUCUUCUGAAGCUUCUCUUUUUUGUUGAAAUAAAUGCCAUUGGGCUGCGGAAGAUCCUCAAGAAGUUUGACAAACGUUUUGGGUAUAAAUUCACUGAUUAUUAUGUCAAAACCCGGGCUAAUCAUCCUUAUUCCCAACUUCAGCAAGUUUUCAAGCAUGUGGGACUAGGGGCAGUUGUUGGUGCAAUAUCUCGUAAUCUUGCAGACCUUCAGGACCGUCAAGGAAGCUACUUGUCAAUUUAUGACCAGCCUUCUCUUCCACUCCAGGAUUCUGUUGUUGACUCAAUGAAAGCAGCUGUUGAUAGAUUAAGCAAUUCAACAAACUUCCUUAACUUUUUGGCCCAACAUGCACUUAUCAUGCAAGAAGAGUUCCCUACUCCUGUUGAGGAACAAGUUGAUGAUCAGAGAUACCAUUUUAUGUCACUUCUCUUGAACUUGGCAAAUACCUUCCUUUAUAUGGUCAAUACAUAUAUUAUUGUUCCAACAGCAGAUAAUUAUUCUAUGAGCCUUGGUGCUGCUGCAACAGUUUGUGGGAUUGUGAUUGGAGCCAUGGCUGUUGCGCAGAUCUUUUCCUCUGUGUAUUUUAGUGCUUGGUCAAACAGAUCUUAUUUCAGACCUCUGGUAUUUAGCAGUAUAGCUCUCUUUGUGGGGAAUGUCAUGUAUGCAUUGGCUUAUGAUCUCAAUUCGAUACCAGUUCUCCUUAUUGGUCGAUUAUGUUGUGGUUUGGGUUCUGCCAGAGCAGUGAACCGACGUUACAUCAGUGACUGCGUGCCCCUUAGAAUCCGGAUGCAGGCGUCAGCAGGAUUUGUCAGUGCUAGCGCUCUUGGAAUGGCAUGUGGUCCUGCACUUGCUGGAUUACUCCAAACUAAUUUUAAGAUUUACAAGUUGACCUUCAAUCAAGAUACUUUGCCUGGUUGGCUCAUGGCUUUUGCAUGGUUAAUCUAUUUGAUAUGGCUGUGGAUCUCAUUUAGAGAACCUGCUAAUGAGACAGAAGUGAACAAUGGUCCUCAAGAAUCUAAUAGUGUAGAAAAUGAUGCCCUUGAGAAGGGUGUUACACAACCAUUGCUCUUAAAAGCGGAAGAGAAUCAACACGAUGGUGAGAAUGACCAAGAAUAUGAUGGGAGUGAAGAAGCUCCUGAGGAGUCUCGUAAGCCGGCGAACUCUAUAGCAGAAGCAUACAGAUUACUUACUCCUUCUGUGAAGGUUCAAUUACUAAUCUACUUUAUGCUGAAAUAUGCAAUGGAGAUUUUACUUUCAGAAUCCAGUGUCGUUACGUCAUAUUACUUUGGCUGGUCAACGGGAACCGUGGCAAUUUUUCUUGCGUGUCUUGGCCUCACGGUACUUCCGAUAAAUGUUGUUGUUGGGAGCUACAUAAGUAACAUGUUCGAAGACAGGCAAAUUUUGUUGGCAUCUGAAAUCAUGGUUUUUCUUGGUAUACUUGGGAGCUUUCAUGUUGUAAUCUCAUAUUCUGUUCCACAAUAUGUUAUUUCCGGGCUCAUAAUGUUUGUAGCUGCUGAAGUGUUGGAAGGUGUGAAUUUAUCGCUCCUCUCUCGAGUCAUGUCAUCCAGGCUUUCUCGUGGAACCUACAAUGGGGGUCUCUUGUCAACAGAAGCUGGCACAAUUGCUAGGGUGAUUGCAGAUGUAACCAUAACCCUUGCUGGGUAUUUGGGGCAGAGUACGCUCUUGAAUGUUACUCUUCUUCCUUCGCUUUUGAUUUGUGUAGCUUCCAUUGUUGCAACCUGUUACACCUACAAUUCUCUUUACUGAGCAGUCUUCUGUAAUUUGAAAACGUUCUCGACUGCAGAAGCAUCAUUGUCCUCAAUUCUUUUCAGGCCUCCUCCCUUUCUGGUUUAAUAAUUGAGUUUGUUUUCUUUAGGUACUUUUGUUUUGCCCCAUGUGUAAUAUUGAUGUAAAUUUUCGGUUAGUAAUUAGUUCAUUGAUUUCUUUAUCUUAACUGGGUUCUUAUUAUUUAA